AACCAGUCAAAAUGAAAACUGUAACGAUAGUUGGAAGUGAAAAGUACAAACAGAUUUCAUGGCAGUCAUGAAUGUCGUUCGAUUUCAAAAGACAUUUAUGAUGAAAUGUGUGUAUUCUUGUCAAUUGAAUAGCUCAAUCAACUCGGAUGUAACAUUAUAAAGCAAUAAAAGCAUGAAAAUGUGUAAAAAUGUUGCAAACUGGAUUAUGACAAUUUUAUUUGCUCUUAUCAACUCUGCGAGAGCAGACAAUGAAGUUAACGCUACAUUAACGUUUCAAAAACUUAUCAAUUCCAAUCAGACAACUCAGCUUCCCUUUCUGGUGGAUUAUUUAACCUCAACUUUGUUCAAUUUUACACCAACAGAAUCGACGAAUGAAAAUUUAACCCAACCUUUGACCAUCAAUACAACCUCAAUGGUUACCAAUGAAUUUACCAUGUUGAACACUAAUGAUUCAAUGGUUCAUCCCUGGUUACCCAUUGGAAACUUUACCAACAUUCUUAAUCAAAGUUACAUUUUGGACACUUUUACUGAACCCAAAGUAAAUGCUUACCAAAUAGAGAGUCAAAAUGUUUUAUCAGUUUACAAGGUAAUUGAUGAAACGGAAGCCAGCAAUAAAAGUGAUAACAUUAACAGGGAAGGCAAUCUUGAUGAAUCGUUGCCUUCAUUUUUCGACGAUUCCCCCACCAAAGAUGAAGAUUAUGCUGGAGGUGCUUAUGGGAAUGACGAGGACAAUGAUGAAGAGAGUGACGAUGAACUGGCCAAUGGCAACCUAAGAAGUAACUUCAUUUCCCGUGAAGAUGAAGGUGAUAAGUUGACGUGACAAAUUGAUAAUCAUGAAGCCAAAGUACAUUUAAAUGAUCAGCAAAAGUAAACUUAAAGCUCAAAAUUCAAUUUCAACAUUUGAUAAUAUUUAAUCGUAAAAAAGGGAAGAAAUGAUUUGCUCAGUUGGCAAAGAGUCUUUUGCUUAUUCGUUUCCAUUUCCCAUUGAAUAAUUCAUCUGAGAAAAUGAAAUGUUUCCAUGGUAAACAAGUAUUCUUGAUGGCCUCAAAUGUGCCAUUAAACUUUAUUAUCAUUAUCAUUAUUAUUGCAAGUCAAGUUGAACGUUAAUACAACUCGAAUGUUAUUACUUUUUGUUCCUUCUUUUGCUGUCAUUUUUUUCCUCUUCCCUUUCUUUGAAUUCCGUAAAGACAAGGAAAAUGUUUUUAUCCUUUUUUCAGUUUGCCUUUUGUAAAUAACUGUACAUUGUAUUAAUAUAAAUAAAUGUAAAUGCUUUAAU